AUGAGCAGCUCCUCUGCCUACGAACCCGAUGAAGACGACACCGAGCUCGAUUCCGACUCUGCGCCGAGGCGCGCGCGCCAGCAACGGUCGACCUCGAGAGGUCGAAUUCUAAAGCGACUCUCUGUUGAUACUGAUACAGAGGCUGAGAACCCGGAGACAGAAAAGCUUCGUAAAAUCCAGCAAGACCGCCUCGAUGCCCUCAACAACCUAUUCCGGGAUAUUCAUCCCAACUCCCUCGAGGCUUACACUGGACUUCUCGCGGAAGUUGGAAAGGGUUCUGAUCCUAGAAAUGUGAAGGAAGACGAUCAGUUGUUGAAUGUCUCUCAAGAUGGCGGGGUGGUGUGGACGGCCACGGAGAAGGAGAUUCUCUACAAUUUCCUCGAUCGAAAGAGCGCCAACGGAAUAAAGGAAAUCGCGGCUGCAAUCGGUACAAAAUCGGAGUUGGAGGUGAUGGAACAUCUCAGGGUUGUCCAAAAAGCCAUGCGGAAACGACUUGAACAGCGACGUCUCAGGUGGAUUACCGUAGCUGAAAUCCCCGCAGCGGCCGAAAUUGACCAGGGUUGUUGUGUUGAGCAGGAAAAAUAUGCCAACUACUUGACCCUCAAAGACGUCAUUACAGAAGAACACGCCAACCAGCUCCACUACGGUGAUUAUGGCAAAAUUAGCGAGGUUGAAGCUCAAGCCCUCAGCAAUGCAGAUCUUGAUACUCCCUUGCAAGGCGAUAUUCAGCUCGCUGCCGGUCUAUUCAACACGCCGAAUUGGAUCUCCCUGUCUAAGGACUUUUGCAUGAACUUCGGUGGCGAAAGGGAAGAAGAUGACUGGAGAAAUCUCAUAGAAUCGGAAGAAGAGAUGCCCUCAAUCACUGCAGAUGCACUGAUGGAUUUCUCUACCCUUGCGACCAGUCUGACCCGCCGUUUAAUCCAAUCAUCAAUCUUCAUGGCCGAGUCACGGCUACGAACUACUGGGGUAAUCUCGGAGGACCACUGCGAAAUCAAGCUUGGAGACGUCCGAACCGCAAUCGAAGUAUUGAAUUUGAAGCGCAAGCGACCCUCCUUCCUGGAACUUGCGCGUCGAAAUCGAAUAGUCAUAGGCGCAUUUCCCCCACAAAGAACUAUCGCGACACGAACCAUCGGCUAUGGCGACGCAAUGAGAGUCCUUGGGUAUAGUGAUAAGAAGUUUUACAAGGCAGCGCACGCCAUGGAACAAGAGAAAGUUUCACACAAUGAUGUAGGUGAGACUGCGUUCAAUAACAGAGACGACUCCGAAGAUGAGGUCAUAGGUAAAGACAGCGACGACUCCGAAGAAUAUUAUGAUGAAGAAGACAUCGAGGACGAGGCUGUUCUCGAUACGCAGAACGAGUCCAGUCUCCCAAAUACCUCCCAAAAUCCCGAACAUCAACAACCUGGUAUCUCUGAUGGCCAAUUGGCCGAAGAUAAGGAGGAAGAAGAGGCCGACAACUUUGACCGUGAACAAAGUCGCCGAGAAGAGCUGCGACUCUGGUCUAUGUUUGAGAAAGCCCCACCGCCCGCCCUGCUCAUUCCCAUAGCCGAAUGCAUCCCUAAUCUCAACGAAGAAAGGAAAGAGGCUAUGGACGACGAAAAGGACGAUCUAGCACAACAUGGUAUCUCAGAGCACAGAGGCCAAGAAGACGUCGUCGAUUGGCGAGACCAUACACUUUACCGAAGUGAAUGGGAACAAUAUGGCUCCGACCUGGAAGAUCUGGCGGAGGAACUGGUUCAGAAUACGAGGAAGCGUCGCCGUGUCGAGGCAGGUGACGCAGAGAAUGAUGAGGAGGACGAUCACGCUCGCUAUGAUGGUGGGGAGAAGGGUGAAAAUGAGGAACAGCAAGGGGAAAUAGCUGGAGAAGGGCCCGACCAACCACCCGGCGAAUUCAAGUCUGCUGCCAUUGUCGAAAGCGAAGACGACAGCGACGACGAAGCUAGCGAUGGCAGUAGCAGCGGCAGAGGCAGCCCCGUCGACAGCAGUUCAAGUGACGACAGCGGGGAUCAAGAAAGAGGAAACCAAGUCACUGCCUCUGCCCCUACGCCUCCCCCGGCAAUUUACGUCGACAGUGACAAUGAUGACAACAACGAGGUUAGAAACCAAGAGAACGAGGCUGGAAAUGAAAAAUCCACCGGCUCUGGCUCUGGUUCUGGCUCAGACUCAGACUCUUCUGACAGUUCCUCCUCUGAUGACGGCCCCGGCUCUGGGAAUCGGGAGCUUGGAGCUACAAUUGAGAUCCCAAGCGACUCAGAUUCGGACUCAGACUCAGACUCCUCUGGCAGUCCCUCCUCUGAUGACGGCCCCGGUUCUGGGAAUCAGGAGCGUGGAGCUACAAUUGAGAUCUCAAGUGACUCAGACUCAGACUCAGACUCCAAUGCCGAUUCAUCUGAUAAUUCAUCAUCGGAAGAUUCUCCUCCGGGCCCAUUGCCUGCCGCUACCCAUUCGGAUCCAAUGGAUCUAGACGACGACCCUCCUGCUGCACUCCCGCCUACUGGCUUCAUGUAG